AUGGCCGAUACAGUGUCUAGUUCUUCAAGCUUCGUCUUUCUACCAAUGGCGUCAAUUUUCAGUUGGAGAACUCUGGUGUUGGCUUUCCUGUUAACCAAUCUCAAGUCCCUACAUUUCAUGUGGUUUGCUCGGUUCCUUCGCGCUUUCGUUCGCCGACUUACCGACUCAGCUCCUGAGAAACAUCUUUCCCCUCGAUGUAUCUUCCUCCCUGCAAUCAGCGCCACGCGGUCUCCAGCAUUAGAAUGCGAUUACAAUCUCCACAAGUCAAACUCAACAUAUUUCACAGAUAUGGACAUGUCUCGUGGAAACUUUAGCCUCCUUCUCUUCGGAAGGGCUUUCAAUCCGAUGCCGGGGCCGACACAUUUCACUAUGAUUCUGGGCGGGACAACGUGUACAUGGCGCAAGGAGAUCAAACCAUAUGCCCGAUACGAGCUGUGGACCCGGGUGCUUUCGUGGGAUGAGAAAUGGUUGUACAUUGUGACUCAUUUCGUCAAACCCGGUGUUUUCUGCCCAACUGAGUUUGUGCUACAACCUAGCAAGAGGCCCAAGACAGUCAAGAAACAUGAGAAGCAGGAAGACAACAUACUCAAAUCAGUUUAUGCAUCGUCUGUGGCUCGCUACGUCUUCAAGAACAAUAGACGCACCAUCCCACCAGAGGAGGCACUCCGAAAAUGCAACCUACUCCCUGAUGAUGAGACAAGCUUGGCGGAUAUUGAGAAUACGAGGGCGAGUAAUCUUGCCAUUGGAAGGCUCGAGGCAGGCUGGGAAGCAGUUCAUAAUUGCCUUGAACCAACAGGACCCGCUUUAGGGUGGUAUCAUAGCGCAUGGUAA